AUGGCUCCUGCUGCCGCGAAAAAGCAGCCACAGUGGUCGACUGACUUUGACACCAAGCGCCGCCAACACCUCUUCCGGAACCCGCCCAAGGACAAGACCGCCUAUCCGACACUUGCUGCAGCCGUUGACCCCCACAUUAACUCGUUCAACGCAAUCUUUGCGCCCGGCGGCCAGAUAGAGGAGGGCAUCAAGGACAUUGGCAUCAAGAGUUUCACCGACGGCGACCCGUAUGCACAGCCCGAGAACAUUGGGCGCAGGAACAGGCUUUCUGUGCGCAUUCAGGAUGUCUUCCUCGACAAGGCUGUCCUGCCGCCCUCGAACAAGGUCGCCCUCAAGAACCGCAACAUCCUGCCCGCCGAGUGUCGAGAGCGCCACGCCACGUACCGUGGCAAGCUUCGUGCUCGCCUGGAGUACAGGGUGAACAACGAGGAUUGGCAGGAGGAAGUCUGCGAUCUGGGCACAGUACCCAUCAUGCUGAGGUCCAACCGGUGUCACCUCCAGAACAUGAGCCCUGAUCAGCUUGUCAAGGCCAAGGAAGAGACCGAGGAGCUGGGAGGCUACUUUAUCGUCAACGGUAUCGAGAAGAUUAUCCGCAUGCUGCAGGUCAACAGGCGCAACUACCCCAUGGCCAUCAAGCGUGGUGCUUUCACGAACCGUGGCCCCGGCUACACACCGUACGGUAUCCAGAUUCGCUCGAUACGCACCGACCAGUCUUCGCAGACGAACGCCCUCCACUACCUGAGCGACGGAAACGUCAACUUCCGAUUUUCAUGGAGGAAGGCGGAAUACCUGGUCCCUGUCAUGAUGGUCAUGAAGGCGUUGGUGGAAACAAACGACCGCGACAUCUUUGAGGGCAUCGUUGGAGCAGCCGGCUCAAAGGGGCUUGCGGAGAAGCAGUUCGUCACGGAUAGAGUGGAAUUGCUACUCCGAACGUACAAGGUCUAUGGGUUACACUCCCAAGCCAAGACAAGGGCCUACCUGGGUUCCAAGUUCAAGGUCGUACUGCAGCUUCCAGAUGACGCCAGCGACGACGAAGCAGGUGUCGAGUUUUUACGAAGGAUUGUCCUGCCUCACCUCGGAGCCUACAAUGUUACUCCAGCGCAGAACGCCGACAAAUUCCAGAUGAUCCUCUUUAUGAUCCGGAAAUUGUACUCAUUGGUUGAGGGCGAAUGCGCGGUCGACAAUCCUGAUGCCGUUCAAAACCAAGAAAUCCUGCUUGGAGGACAGCUUUACGGAAUGGUCAUCAAGGAAAGAUUAGACGAGUGGCUGAACUCGAUUCGACCUGUCUUGCAGGACUGGGGUCGUCGGUCAGAGUGGAAGUCAUUCACGUCGCCCGAGUUCAAGAAGGAGUUUGUUCCAAGGGUUCUUAAGAGAACAACCAUGGAUGUCGGACGCGCCAUGGAGUACUUCCUCUCCACUGGUAACCUUGUCAGUCCUACCGGUCUUGAUCUGCAGCAAACGGCCGGAUUUGUCGUUGUGGCUGAGAAGAUCAAUUUCUACCGUUUCAUCAGCCAUUUUAGGAUGGUGCACAGAGGUGCUUUCUUUGCUCAGCUCAAAACCACCACCGUGCGAAAGCUAUUACCAGAGAGCUGGGGCUUCAUGUGCCCGGUCCACACACCUGACGGUUCUCCAUGUGGUUUGCUCAACCACUUUGCGCACAAGUGCAAGUUGGCUACACAGAACGUUGAUGUUUCAGCCGUUCCUAAGCUUGUGGCGCAGCUAGGCGUAUCAAGCAAAUCCUCCGCGUCACUUGAGUCAAGUGUCGUCGUACAGCUUGACGGCCGCGUCUUGGGCUUCUGCUCACCGAAGCAGGCCAAGAUUAUUGCAGAUACAUUGCGAUACUGGAAGGUUGAAGGGACACAUGACGUGCCGUUGGAGCUCGAGAUUGGAUACGUUCCCAAUUCCAACGGCGGUCAGUACCCCGGUAUUUUCAUGUUCUCGCAGGUUGCACGCAUGUACCGACCUGUCAAGUACCUGCCUCUUGGCAAGCUGGACUACGUUGGACCUUUCGAACAGCCGUACAUGUCAAUCGCGUGUACAGACCCUGAGAUUGUGUCUGGCGACUCCACGCACGUUGAGUUCGACCCUACUAACAUCUUCUCGAUCAUUGCCAACAUGACACCCUUCUCUGACUUCAAUCAGUCGCCGCGAAACAUGUACCAGUGUCAGAUGGGUAAGCAAUCAAUGGGAACACCUGGAACAGCCCUGCGAUACCGAACAGACAACAAGACCUACCGCCUGCAGACAGGUCAAACGCCAAUCGUACGACCACCCCUGCACAACGAGUAUGGAUUCGACAACUUCCCCAACGGCACCAACGCCGUCGUGGCUGUUAUUUCUUACACGGGUUACGACAUGGACGAUGCUAUGAUUCUGAACAAAUCUGCUCACGAGCGCGGUUUCGGUCACGGUACUAUCUACAAGACAAAGAUCUGCGAUCUUGAGGAGGGUGGACGCAGGAAUAGGUCUGGAAAGACUGUAUCAAAACUGUUUGGCUUUGCUCCAGAAGGACUCAAGAAGGCGUCUUACCUCGACACCCUAGAUGAUGACGGCUUCCCACGUGUUGGAACGUUACUUCGUAAUGGCGAUGUCAUCGCAGCGUGGCACACGGUCUCGUACGACGCUGCUACCGAUGACUACAUCAACCGCGAUGCCAACACCCAGUUCUUCAAGUACAAAGAGGACGAACUUGCUUUUGUGGAAGAAGUCCGCAUCAUCGGCUCAGAGGAUGGCACACAGCCAUGCCAGAAGAUCAGCGUCAAGCUUCGCGUACCGCGUUCGCCUAUCAUCGGUGACAAGUUCUCCUCGCGUCACGGACAAAAGGGUGUUUGUUCACAAAAAUGGCCGUCAAUCGACAUGCCCUUCUCCGAGUCUGGUAUUCAGCCCGAUGUCAUCAUCAACCCCCACGCUUUCCCCUCUCGAAUGACAAUCGGUAUGUUCGUCGAGUCUCUGGCUGGAAAAGCUGGCGCGAUGCACGGCAUCGCUCAAGAUUCAACACCUUUCCGCUUCGAUGAGCAAAACACCGCCGUUGACUUCUUCGGCCACCAGCUUAUGAAGGCGGGCUACAACUACUAUGGCAACGAGCCCAUGUACAGCGGUAUCACGGGUCAGGAACUCGCUGCUGACAUCUACAUUGGCGUUGUUUACUACCAGCGUCUCCGUCACAUGGUCAACGAUAAAUACCAGGUCCGUACCACAGGUCCAGUGAACUCGACCACUGGCCAGCCCAUCAAGGGAAGGAAGAAGGGUGGCGGCAUCCGUGUCGGUGAAAUGGAGCGCGAUGCACUCAUUGCCCACGGCACAGCUUUCCUUCUCCAGGAUCGUCUGAUGAACUGCUCCGACUACACAAAGGCAGCCAUCUGCCGCGGCUGUGGCAGCUUCUUGUCCACCGCACCGACAGUGAGCGAGUACUCGCGCAAGAAGGACGCCGGUGGUAAGAACAUGACCGUCAGGUGCAGGCGGUGCGCUAGGCUAGCCGACGGGCACCAGAGCAAGAGCGACACCUGGACAGACGGGCAGGGCAUGAGGUUCAGCGGCGGCGACGAUAUUGCCACGGUCGCCAUCCCAGGCGUUCUGAAGUAUCUGGAUGUCGAGCUCGCCAGCAUGGGCGUCAGGCUCAAGUUCAACGUUGCGCCCUAG